GUCUGAAGUGACAGCGGAGGAGGAAGAGGACAAAGAAGAAGGUGGAAGAAAGAGGCCAGCAGAGCAUGCAGGAGGUGGUGAAGAAACGGCCGAUAAUCUCUGCUAGAGAAAGAGGCCCGGGCCCUGGACGCUACCGGCUGCCCCCUACAGUCGGAUACAUCAACCAUGACUUCACCAAGCCCAGCAGCCCUGCAUACUCCUUUCACAGCCGCAUGAGCAGUGCCAUGGUCUCUGUGGACUGCAGCCCAGGACCAAGGUACCAAAUUGACGCCAAGGUCACUCGGUUUGGCCGAAUGGAAACCCCCUCCUAUUCCAUUCUGGGCAGAGGGAGGCGCAUGGGGAAUGAUAAAGGUGAGCCAUUUCAGACUCCAGGGCCGGGGGCCUACAGCCCAGAGAGGGCUCCGCCCCUCAACGCUCACCACAGACCACCAUCAUACACCAUCGGCAGUCGCACCAGAUAUCGCUCUGUGGACGCUGUGCCAGCGCCAAACAGCUACAGUCUCCCUAAUCUGCUGGGCUGCCAUGUUCCCAACAAACCCUCCAGUGCCAGCUACAGCUUCUCAGGACGGAGGAAGGUCGGAGCUCCCUCCGAAGAUCUCUCCAUGAGCCCUGGACCGGCAAAAUACGACACCACCAGCCCGGACAUUUACCGCCAGCGCCAGCCCUCCUUCUCCAUACAGAAACGGACUAAGAAGCCCAAUUAUUCCUCUGCUAUCCCCGGCCCCGGCACGUACAGCCCGGAGAAGUUUUACACACACCUCCCCAAACCGCCCUCCUUCUCUUUGGGUGUCAGACACUCUGAGUUUGUCACCCCGCUUGUGGUGGAUGUUGCUGACUGACAGGGCUGCGGAUACAAUAUGAAUGCAUUGUUUUUAUUCAGUUUUCACAUAAAUGUGGAGCUGUCACACAAUAAUCUAAGAAUGUGAAAUGUGUCUUAAAGAGGGUCAAAACAGGUCAUAAACUGAUCAUGUAAAAACUGAUCAGACCACCAGACACUGAUAAAUAAUUAUUAUACAUGUCUAACAGUAUGAAUCUUAUAUUAUCAGUUGCCCCAAAGACAAACAACUCCACCAUCAGUUUUACAAAAUAAUAAAUUACAACGUCAAUGGAAAUGUUCACUGUACAGAUAAC